UCCGCCUAUAUGUAAUAGGGCACGUCAUGCUAUAUUAAGUUUAUGAAUUUCAGCAGUUCACAAGAUGGCGAACAACACCGUGGUGUACAUCAUCUGCUCUUUUGCCAUGUUCCACAUUACAGCUGGAAUGAAUGGCUGCUGUGAUGUCGUCACCAUAGGAGCUGUGAUAAAUGUCAACUGUUCAGGAUGUCGUCUACAAACUGUACCAGAGGAUUUACCAAUUAACGCGACUGCGUUAAAUCUACAUAACAACAACCUGACUAUAAUACAUAAGGAUUCUUUCAGAUAUCUACAUCAACUAGACAAUCUGACAUUAUCUUCCAACGUAUUAUCAAGGAUUUCGCCAGGAGCAUUUGACGGUUUGAAGAACCUAAAAUACCUCGAUUUAUUAAACAACCUUCUCGAUAAUUCAUCGUUUGAUGUGUCCACUUUUCAACCUUUAAUACGUUUGACACACCUGGAUAUACGACAAAAUAGGUUUCAUUUAAAGAAAACCUAUCCCGAGCAUGCAAUACCGUACUUGUCACAGGUUGAAACCCUACACAUAGAUGCUUUCGAAGGAUUCCGUUUCGGAAUUGGGUUUUUGAAUUUGACCAAGCUUAAACAAAUCAAUUUGAAUCAAGUUAUAAGAGAUAGAAUAUCGAUUCUGAAUUCGACAUUCGUUGGACUUGAGCGGACAGCCAUAUCUCAUUUAGUUUUACAGUUACGAAUGAAAAGGUUUGAAAUAAACGCAUUGUUCCCAUUUCGCCAUCUAAUAUCACUCAAGUUCGAUUCAAGGCGAACAAUUGAAAUCAGAGAUGUCCUAACAACACUUUACGGAUUACAAAAGAGAAAAAUGGAAUAUCUAGCAUUGACAGGGAACCGCUAUUUGACUGACAGUGGUGUAUUGUUGGUGAAAUCGGACUUCGUGUAUCUACGCACAAUAGGUGUUCGAAGACUUGAUCUUACUAAGAAUAAUAUAAAGGGCAUAGACAUGGGCGCUGUGUUGUCAUGGUCGAGUAGAAAAUGUCUGGAAAUAUUAGAUAUGUCCUCAAAUAAGUUCAAGUCCUUUCAACUUUUUACCCUUCUGGUAUUGUUUCCAUCUAUAACUCAUGUAUAUGGCUCAAAACAAACACAACAAACGGUAAGGAAACGUUCAGCAGAGUUUAUAACAAAACACACGAUCUUUCUACCCCAUUCUCUUAUAUAUGUAAAUGUAUCCUGGGACCCUAUUGGAUUUACUGAAAAUAUAACAUUUUCUGAAAGUAAUGGUCUCAGAGUCCUGGAUGUGAGUUAUCCGUUGAGGCAUCCGUCGUGCUCCUAUGGACGUUUAAAAGGUUUGGUCAAUCUAACAGAAUUCUACAUAUCAGGAUUUGAGUGUUCAUAUCCUAAUCCGGAAAUGUUUGCCGAUAUGCCAAACCUUUUAAAAUUAGAAGCAAAACAAUGUAGCCUCGGACAUGUGCUUGCCAAAGAUAACAGUUUAUUAUUCAAAGGAAGGUACAAUCUCACUGUCCUGGAUCUUUCCGCGAAUAACAUAGAUUUAUUGAGCCCCAGAAUAUUUGCGGAUCAGCAAUAUUCGCUGAAAACGUUAACUCUCGCUUCAAAUAAGUUGGUUAGCCUCCAUACGCACAUCAUGAUGGAACUUCAUGCCUUAGAAUCUUUAGAUGUAAGUCAUAAUGUCAUAUCGACGUUGACAAAAUCAGACAUUGCACUUCUGGAUACACAUCAAACUAAAUCUCCAACAUUCAAAGUGAAUCUGUUCGGAAACCCGUUGAUGUGCAGCUGUGAAGUACUGGACUUCCUUGACUGGGUUGGCACAACCAACAUAUUAUAUAACAGAGAGGAUCUUUCGUGCAGUACACCAGAUGGCAGUCAGAUAAAGGUGAUGACGUUCCUUCAAACCUUUGGUCAGUUUAAGGAGAGUUGUGCUUCUCAAUUCUGGUUAAUCACAUCUCUGAUAAUGACCAUCGUUCUCAUUAUUACGGCUUUCCUAUCCCGAGUGGUCUUCAGACACAGUGUGAAAUUAAGAGUGUGGUGUAGACGGCCUUUGGACAAUAUAGUAUUCCCAUUCGAUGUCUUUAUAACUUACUGUGAUGAUGAUACUAAAUGGGUUGCUAAAACACUUUCCCCUUGGCUUGACCAGGAAAAUAUUGAAUACUGUUUUGAUGAAAAAAGUUUCGCUCCAGGGUUAAACAUAAGUGACAACAUUAUGAACGCUAUCGAUAACUCACGCAAGUCUGUUUUUGUUGUAAGCUGCAAUUAUUUUAAGAGUGAAUGGCAAACAUUCACAAUGCAACUAACCAGUGAGUAUUCUUUUCGUGACGGACGAGAAAAUAUGAAUGUCAUUAUUCUAUUAAAUGAUAUGAAACGAAGUGAAUUUCCUAAGCUGAUUCGUAAAAACUGAGAUGAAAUAAGGCCUAUCACAUGGCCUAACGAUCGCAGUUCUGAUGAAAGUGAGCUUACCACAGCUAGAAAGGUAUUUUGGAAAAAGUUGUUGAAACGAAUUAGUAAUGGAAACAGAAAUUACGGUGAAAAUUCUUGUUCCGAAUCAACAGUGUGAUCUACGUAUACGUUCAGUAUGAUUACCAUAACACGUCAAACUGGAGUUGAGAAUUCAUUUUGGGAUGGGGGUAUGGUAAAAAGUAAAAAUAGAUUUGUGUUUAAAUAGCUUAAAUCCUAAUAGACUUUCAUUACCAUCCUAUGUAUUUUGUGAAUAUUCUAUUACUAUGCACUUGUAUUCAAUAUGUCAAUGUGUAUAUAGUGUACAUAUAUCAAAUACUUCUUAGUACGCGGAAGUAUACUUAAGCAAUAACAAAUUCUAGAUCGCUUUAAUUGCCCUGGUGAUAACAGGUGUUACUGUACAUAGCUUAACGUCUAUAGUUGUAGGUUCAGUACACACAAAAAAUAGAAGAAAAAAAACAUAGCCUUGUUUUUAUAAUCGUUUCAUGUAAAUACGACAUAUUGGUUGUUAAUUAAAGCGCCUGAAAUUUCAAUAACUUACUUCCCUUUGUUUUCUAAACAGAGUAUGAAAAGGGCUGUUUUCAAAACCUUUCCAGAAAAGUAAUUAUUUUGCAUUUUAUUUAAUUCUAUAUACAUGAAAAUUAAAAUGGUAUUUUAAAGGAUUUUAUGUGUGUUUUAUAUAUGUACUGUGUUUUGUGUUUAUUUUAUCUCACUAUGUUAUGUAAAGCUUUGUAAACAAGACGCAGAAGGUGAUGCAAUAAAUAAAAAAAAUGCAUCUGUUCUGGAAUUCUGGAAUCAGUAGCGAAACCAAAGCAAACAUCUACUGUAUCACGAGACAUUUAUAUUUUUUCUUAACACCCAUCCAAUUUCUUGCUGUAACGAUAACCUCAAAUAUUGAGGUAAAUCAAUCAUCAUUUGAGUUGUUGACUCAAUGUAGAAACAGAAAUUUAAUUGAGAAAUCCUGUUCCGAAUCAACAGUGUGAUUAAGGAUGAGCAUAACAACCAUAAACGUUAAAAUUAAGUCGAUAUUUUAUUUGGGAUGGGGUAUGUUAAUAUUUUUUUUAAAUACCUUUAAUCGUAAUACAUUUCCAUUAUCAGCCUAUGUAUUUUGUGUGUAUUUAAACACCUGUAUUUAUAAGUGUUGUGUUUAUUGUGCACUUAUAUUCAUUAUGUCAAUUUUGUUAAGACUUUUAAGUUCAGGGAUGUUUACUUUAGAAAGAAAUCUGUAUCGCGAUGAUUUGCAACAUCAGGUGUUACUGUACCUAGCUUUACGUAUGUAGUUGUAGGUUCAGUGUACAAGAAAGGAGAAAACAAAACAAAGCCUUGUUAAUACAACCGUUUAACGUGUACAAAACUAAUUAGUUGUUAACUUUUUUUUACAGGCGCCUGAAAUUACAAUAUCUACAUCAUGAAUUUCUUAUCUAUACAGAGUAUGAAAUAGUUGCUUUCAAAGCGUUCUGAAUAAGUGUUUAUUUUAUUUAACGCUACAUAA